AUGGCGUCACCGGUAAAGACUGGAUAUUUUCAAACCCUCCAGACCAUCAACAAAAAUCAAGUCAUCAUUCGAGACAGGAUUUAUGGCGAGCAUAUAAUCACUGAGCCAGUGCUUGCCGAGCUUCUCCAAAGCCCGGAGCUGUUUCGUCUCAAAGGCGUCUGUCAACAUGGAGUAACUGCCCUCCUAGGCUUUGGCCCGAAGGUAACCCGGUUCGAGCACUCAGUUGGUGCAUUCCUACUAGUGCGCAAAGUUGGAGCCACCGUACUUGAGCAAAUCGCUGCCCUGCUUCACGAUAUCAGUCACACCAGUCUGAGUCAUGUGGUCGAUUUUGCCCUGUCCAAGCCCGGAGAGGGGAGUUACCAUGAGGUUCACAAGCCCCGGUACUUGAAAAGAACCAAUUUGGCUAAGAUUCUCACUCGUUACGAUCUCGGAUACGUGGAGGCAUUCGAGGAAGAUCUAUUCCCGUUGGUCGAAAAGGCGGCUCCACAGCUCUGUGCCGAUCGGCUUGACUAUUCACUUCGCGAUGCGGUAGCGUUCAAGAAGCUUAGCCUCGUAGAAGCACAGAAAGUUUACAAAAACCUCAAAGCGCAUCCGUCUGCCACUUCGUCUGCUCGUCUUCUUGUUCUCGAUGAUCCGCGGCUCGCAUUAUCACUUGCGCGAUCAUACUUGGCAACCGAUCGAGAUGUCUGGUCCAACCGUGCCCAUGCCGAUAUCUAUAAGAGGACAGGCCGUAUCAUUCGGGACUUAGCGGCCUCUGGACAUGUGGAUGAUGAUGCACUCUGGGGUCUUUCUGAUGAGGAUUUCUGGACAUUGCUUCGGAAGGCCGCGACGCCGGAAAUAUUAUCUGAAAUGGACAGACUUGAGACAGAGGGUCUUCCUGAUGAGGCGAAUCUACUUCUUCCGGCGGCUGCUAAGAUCCGGACUAUUGAUCCGGAUAUUUGUCAGGGACCGGAGCAGGAGCCUCUGCCCUUGUCGGUUGUUUUUCCGGAAUGGGGUGUGGUGCGCAAGGAAUAUGUUCGCAGUCGCGAAUUAACGCGAGAAUAG